UUGAAAAGCUUCUUAAUUUUCUUUUUAGCACCAAGAAUCAAGGUGCUAAUCUCCGUUCUGAACAGUGACAAAAAUACCUUUAAAUGAAAUGGAGGUGCCAAAAGGCGAGGGAAGUCAACAUUUUUCAUUCCUUUCCCGAUCUGUUUUCGAUCAAAACCUCCUAUGUUGAUUUGCCGGCUAUGUGAGUUUACAACCUGGUGACAUAUCGCUAAAAGAUUCUGCCGCCAUAUGUUUUUAGUCACUUUGUUCAAGUCCUCAAAGAACGACAAACUUCAGAUAUUUUUUGUUGAUAUGAUUCACCGGCAGAUAAUUCUUGGCAAAUGAAGUUCCCAGAUACAUUUUCAAGAUGCGCGCGUUUGAUAAGUGGAACGUCGAGAAAAGAAAUAGUUCUGCUUCCGUACGUUUAGUGGGAUAUCCUUGUACACUACGUGAAAACUGACACUCCUACACCCCUACGCGACGAAAGGAAUCCUGGAAUUCCAAGGUAAAGAUUGGGAGACUUCGGUGAACUCAUGUUGAAAACGUGAGGGUAGAAGAGGAUCGAAAGCGAACUACAAACCGCCAUAAUUAUGGGCGACAACGCGGACAGCGAAGGCAACUUGAUUCACUUGAUACUGAACGAUUUAAAGUCUAGCGCCCCUGUUUGGGAAGAUUUCGUCGGCAAAGCAAGUAAACUACACUCGGCGCUCAAGGCAACAGUUGUAGCUGCUGACGCUUUUUUGGACGCUUUUCAGCGAAUUGCGGAUCUGGCAAAUUCAUCACGAGGAUGCUGCAAAGACAUUGGAGGCUCUCUCACUAAAAUGGUGAUAAGACAUCGCAGUGUGGAUGGUAAACUCAAAGGAUUUGCUGGAUUGCUAAAUGAGUCACUGAUAUUUCCUCUGCAAGAGAGGCUGGAUGAUUGGAAAAAGUCUGUUGUGCAGACAGACAAAGAUCAUGCAAAAGAAUAUAAGAAAGCCAAACAGGAACUAAAAAAGGCCACAGCAGAGACAAGUAAAUGGCAAAAGAAGGUUAAAAAAGGUGAGUUAGGAAAAUCAGAGCACCAAGAAAAGUUGGAUGCUGCCAUGAAGCAAGCAAGUUAUCAACAAGCUCUUUUUGAAGACCAGGAAAAGCGAUUCCUUCAGAGAGCGUUGAUUGAGGAAAGGACCAGAUACUGCAUGCUGUCAACUUGUUUUAGGCCAGUUGUGGAGCACGAGAUGUCCAUGUUAGGGGAACUAGAACACCUUCAGUCUGUUCUCGAGGACAUCGUUAAACAAACAAAAAAUCCCACCGUUCUGCCACCAGCGGGAGAGGAUCUGGUGCGAGAAUUCAGAUUGUCGGAUCAUCAUAAUUACGAUGAUCAGUCUCCUCCACCGAGUCCAACAGCAACUCUGACGAGAGCUGCAAGUCCGCUGCAUACCGGCCGGGACCCCCCUACCACCCCUCCUCCGCCGCCUCCCUCGGAAACGGACCCCUACUACAACGCUUUCAGCCGGCAUUAUUCAUUCUCCGUCAAACACACUCAAACGCGGAACAAGGUCAUUGGAUCGGUGACACCCACCACCUCUCCUAAGAAAGUCGCGCCUCCGCGGAUCUGCGCGCGCUCUACAAGUUUUAGUGUUUCUUCGACCUCCUCGCACUCUUCAAUGUCAUCUUUAGGCUCGUCUAUUGGGUCGCCGUCCAUCGAGAGCUUCCCGCAGCCGCCAACCCCGCUGCUAUCGCCCGGUUACUCGGGAGACUUGCAGAGCGAACCAUUACCCCCUCCACCCUUUCCUGGAGCAGUGCCCACCUUACCCCAUCCAGGCGACAGAACAUCUUGGACAACGUCCACGGACUCCGGGUGUUAUUCGUCUUCCUCAGGGGAAAGGUCACCUUCUGCCUCGCUUGCACAAGUAUAUCUUCCCUCCUCGAUCGCGGAACACCCGAGAUCCAACGAGCUUUCAGGAAGGAAUACCCAGAGCCCUCAAUACGCCACGCCUUACGCUGUUAGCAGCACUCGAUCACGGUGUAUGAGUGAAUCGGCUUCCGCUAUGUCGCCUUACUACCAAGGAAUUGCGCAUCGACGUAGCGACAGUGAGACUUCCUCGCAAAGCAGCUAUUCAGGCAACGGCGAGGUGCCGGCUGGUGGCAUGAACAGCAGCGAUUCUGGAUAUUUUAGUUAUGGAGGACGUUACCAUCGCUCGAAUCCGGAAAGUAUACAAGAAAACUCGGGCGGGUGGGCGCCCCAGCAGAAAGCGAAGUCCACGUACAAUAGGAGUCAAAGUGUAUCAGGGCGACCGUCUGCAGCUCAACAGGCGCAUCUGGCAGCUCUGGCAAGUCAUGCCGCGCGAAGCAGAAGUGCACCAAUGCCUCCCGCAAGGAAAUCAUCUGUUCCACCGCCGUGUCCGGAGAGAAGGACUGGACUUUCUGAUGGUGAACUGAACAAGGAGGAUCAGGAACUGGGUGAAGGCGCUCACUCGGAUGAAGAAGGGCUAAGUAUGCUACAGAAACAAAUUCGGCGUCAGAAAAAGCUGAUCGAGGCCAAGGCGAAAGACAAAGGCGAGCAGUCUUGAUAUUAAUGAAGUUGUUAGAGCUACUAACUUAAUCUGAAAAAUUACUUUGGCGUUUAAGUUGCCAUCCGUAUCUUCAAUAAUCAAUUUGAUUAUCUCGCCAUGUGAACUUUGUGAUUGAAAGGUGAUGAUAUUCACAUGCUGCGGAAACAAGUGAAGUGGGAUGGUGAAAUGACUAUUAUAUAAUUACCAUAUUUACGAUAGCGUGUAUGCUGUCAAUAUGGUGCCAUAUAAUGGUUUACAUAAAAGGACUAAGGAGACUAUGUACGUAUGUAAGUAGAUAUAAGCGGUGGGGGCUUUUGUCAAACCGCGUGAUCAGAAAAAGGUUAAAUUGUUAAGUGUUAGGUUGGCCAUAAUCGGCCAUGCUAAAGGUUUUAUAGUAUUUAAAGACGUGCGGCGCGUUUUAAAAAGUUAUCAUGUUAAUAGUUUGCAUAAUGUUUCCAUUAAUAGAGCUCUAAAGCUUUUGUAAUGAAAUGAAUGCUGCGCUAACUUUCUGAGAUUUUUAAUAUAUAUACUGAGAGCUUUGGGUAGAGAUUUCACCAACGGCGCUUAUAUCAGGGCCAAAAAAAUCAUCUUGUCCUGUAUUUAUAACAACGAUAAGAACGUGGUCGCUUAGUUUAACGCCAUUAUUCCUUUUUACGAACUCUGGUUGUGUUAGAUUUUUUUCAAGUUUAGGAUGGGUGUUGAAAUGCUUCUCUAAAGUGUCAAUAGAUUUGUCAGUUUGGACGACAUUUUUUGUUCAGUCUUAAUUUAAAGUUAAUUUGAACAGUGCCCAUGGAAAUGAAAUUGUUAUGUUCAAACGGCUGGUGCUGUUUCUUCUUGACGUAAAGCUAAUCGGAGUGGACGAGAACCUUAUUCAACGCUGUCCUACAAGUCAGUGGCAGUAAUGAAAGCGCAGGCGCCUUCCAAGGUUGACAGGUCUCGCCCAGUCUAUCGCUAUUCAUUUCCAUGGAUCACUUUUAUUUGUCAUUUUUUACAUAAUUUGAGGCAUCAACGAUUCAAAAAGAUAAUUGUUGACCUUUUUGCUAUGGAGAUGUAGCACCCUUUUCCUAGAAGCCUAUGCGAAACGCACUUCACAUAAUGGAAGGGCACAUGCUGUAAAUAAGCAAAGAUAGAAAUUUAUAUAUGCAGGAACAGUUUGCCGCUGAACGAGGGCUAUGUUGCGCUCUAUGAUUCUCCAAAACUUGAUAAUUUUUUUUGGUAGUUCGUCACUUAGAAUCCGGGUUGAUUUUUUUUCGAUUCUCGAACUCCCCUUUUUCUCUCUCGUUGAUUCGUUUUUUUUUUUGUUGGUGUACACCAGUACACCAACAUUUCCUAAUCUCCUUCAGCUUAUUAGGUUCAAUUGUUAGGGACGGAAAAGUUGCCUUAACAUUGUGUAACUUGGCCCUCUUAUUGUCAGAAUUGAUCACAUUACUGUUCAAAUUUUGUGUUCGAUUAAAUUGAUAAAGCGGAAGAUUUAUCUCAUAGUUAAACGGUAGUUCCGGUUGUUCUGAUCUAUGCGGUUCGUUAUGUAAUUUCGUACCUGUGCUUGUUCAUCGACUUUCUUUUUGUGUAAUCGUUCUCAAAUAAUUCAAGUUUAAGUCGAACCUUCUGCACUUGUUAUAAAAAAAUAAGGAUAGCAAACUUAUAUUACCGGCCAUUGUAUCUUAAAGUCUGGAGUUAGACUAAGUGGUUCCAAUAAAAUAGAGAUAUCCA